CCGUAUUUUUUUUUAAUUGUUUUUAUUUUAACCAUGGCCUGUAGUUUCUUAAACACGGAUGAGACAUCUCCACCGGCUCUGACAGACCUGUGCCUGAACCAUGUGAGCCAAAAUCUGGAAUGUUUCUGUGUGAAGCGCCCUGAUGGCUCCCUGUGCUUCAGAGAGGCUGUACUCUUCCCACAGGAGCUAGCAGACCAGCUGCUGGCCAAGAUGGCUACUGAAGGUCUUUUGAAUGACAGCACAGUGGGUGUAUUUCGGCACUGUGAAUACCUGCGGCUGAGACGAGCCUGCAUCCGUACAGCACGUAUCUCCGCAGAGGCCUUCCAGAAAGCCCUCUGCCCUCACAGACUGUUGGAGCUGGAUGCUGCCAGGGUCAAUGCAGACCUCACUAUUCCUGAUAUUCUACAGGGACUGGCCACCAAUAAAUAUUGUCAGGAGUCCCUCCAGCGACUUGUCUUAACAGGUCUCACCAUGUCCUCUCUGGAGGAACCAAUCCGGUAUCCCUUCAGCUCCCUCCAGGGCCUCCGCUCCCUCUCUCUAGCCAACGUAGACUUCUACGACUCCGGGCUCGUCGACGUGUGUUCCCUGCCUCGGCUGGAGAGCCUCGAUCUCUCCAACACUUCAGUUACCAACCUGAGCCCACUGCUGGGCCUGAAGGAGCGGCUGCGCUCACUAACCCUGCACCAGCUGAAAAGGCUGGAGAUGAGCACUGCUCAGCUGCUGGGAGUCAUAGGCCAGUUGGAUGUAUUGCAGCACCUGGACAUCAGUGAUGAUAAGCAGUUUACCUCUGACGUGGCUCGUCAACUGCUUGGACAGCCAGGGAUCCUUCCCGCUCUGGUUUCCCUGGAUGUAUCAGGAAGGAAACAGGUGACUGAUGCAGCAGUUAAGGCAUUUGUUGAGAAGAGACCAGGGAUGACCUUUGUGGGACUUCUGGCCACAGAUGCUGGAUUUUCGGACUUUCUCUCUGGAGAAGGAAAUCUAAAGGUAACAGGAGAAGCCAACGAGACUCAGAUCUGCGAGGCCCUGCGUCGCUACAGUGAGAGAGAAGGUUUUGUGAGAGAAGCUCUGUUUCAUCUGUUCAGCCUGACCCAUGUCAUGGAGAAACCAAGGCCCGACAUUCUCAAGCUGGUGGUGUUGGGUAUGAAGAAUCACCCUGCGACUCUGAAUGUCCAGCUGGCAGCCAGUGCCUGUGUGUUCAACCUGACGAAGCAGGACCUGGCAGCAGGAAUGCCAGUGCGACUGCUGAGCACCGUCACUCAGCUGCUACUGGAGGCCAUGAGGACUUUCCCCAACCACCAACAGCUGCAGAAGAAUUGCCUGCUGUCUCUGUGCAGUGAUCGCAUUUUGCAGGAGGUUCCAUUCAACAGGUUUGAAGCUGCCAAACUAGUGAUGCAGUGGCUCUGCAACCAUGAAGACCAGAACAUGCAGAGGAUGGCUGUGGCUAUCAUUUCCAUACUGGCUGCAAAGUUGUCCACAGAGCAGACGGCUCAGCUGGGAGCAGAGCUGUUCAUAGUGAAGCAACUGCUCCACAUUGUGCACCAGAAGGCUACUCAGGGCGUGGUGGACGCCACCCUCAAAUUUACACUGAGUGCACUCUGGAACCUCACCGAUGAAUCGCCAACAACCUGCCGCCAUUUUAUUGAGAACCAGGGCCUGGACCUGUUUAUUAAAGUUCUAGAGUCCUUCCCCAAAGAGUCCUCGAUUCAGCAGAAGGUUCUCGGUCUUCUGAACAACAUAGCCGAGGUCGGGGAGCUGCACGUGGAGCUGAUGGUGCAGGGGUUCUUGGACCACAUCAGCACCCUGCUGCACAGCCCGGAGGUGGAGGUCAGCUACUUCGCCGCGGGCAUCCUCGCACAUCUGACGUCCCGAGGGGAGGAAGCCUGGACGCUCAGCCCCAAGCUCCGAUCCUCGCUGCUGGAACAACUGCAUGAUGUCAUUAUGAAGUGGCCCGCGCCUGAGUGUGAAAUGGUGGCCUACAGGUCAUUUAACCCCUUCUUUCCCCUACUGGAGUGCUUCCACACCCCCGGGGUCCAGCUGUGGGCUGCCUGGGCCAUGCAGCAUGUCUGCAGCAAGAACGCCGCUCGCUACUGCAGCAUGUUGUUGGAGGAGGGCGGCCUGCAGCAGCUGGAGCUGGUUCAUACACACCCACAGACCCACAAAGACGUCAAACUGUUGGCUAACAGCAUUCUGGAGAGCCUGCAGCGCCACAGAGCCCGCACCGGCCAGCCUGCGCACAAGUUGCCGGCCGCCGCCACAAAAACCUCACCGAGGAAAUGAGGCUCACCACAGAGGGGAUUGUGUGUGUGUGUGUGUGUGUGUGUGUGUGUGUGCGUGUGUAUCUGCAUACCCCACGCACAAACACACAUUUGAUCAAGAAUCCCAGGAAAGUAAACCUUAAAGGACGGAGACUACGCAUUUCUUUGCACACACACACUAAAUCUAUUUAUUUUCUUUGUGUUUGUUUCAAAACUGAAAUAAUUCUGUGUGUGCUAAUCUUGUGAUUUAAAAAAAUGUAAUUAUGAGAACUGUUGGUUAGUGAAGCUUAAAUCUCAACUUGAGGUGUGUGUCUGUGCUCGCUCAAUAGUCUGACAUUGGCAUGAUAAUGAUUUUCGUACCAAAAAAAAAAAAAAAAAAAAAUGGGGGUUUGCACCCUCAGAAGCUCCGCUCAGGGCGAUACCACAGAAAUAGAAUGAGAGUAGAACGGGUAUUCAAAUUAUGGUCAGGGUGGCGGCCAUUUUUCUGUGCACCAUUGCCAUCGCAAAGAACUGUGACUGUAUUGGGUUUCCUCAUUCUAUUUCAAUUUUCAGUGCACAGUGCUGAGUACCAUCUUCUAGUCCAGCCAUUCAACCAGUCAAAUUACCACGGCAAACAGUUCAAUGCCUGUUCUACUCUCAUUCUAUUUCUAUGGUUGACACCCUCGGGCUCCUGUAUGUUACUGAGGGCUCUCUGGUUGUCUGAAUUGGUCGAUUUAGCUCUUUAGAUUCACACGUGACCCUGCUGCGAGCUCAAGCAUGCCGGAGUUUGUCUGAAUGCUUGUACUGUUCAUUUUAGGAAUGGCUGCUUAACGCCUCUGGGUCCUCAAUACUGCUGUUGCUCUCUUUAUUUAGUCUUACAUCAGCUAAAAGCUAGUUUUGAGUUGAUGUGACAGGACACUUGCCUAGGGUGUGUUCAGUGGGGCUCAAAUGCCCCGAACAUUAAAGAUUGAAAAACCUAAAUUUAUUUAGAGAAGUUGUAUCUCUUUUGAGAAGCUCCAUUGCAUUUUUCUUUUCCUAAACGUUCAGUCGUAUCAGCGGCAAAACCAGCAGUGCUAGAGUAGAAUAAUUUCAAAUGAUACCAUCAGUUGUGUCCACUUUGGACACAUGUUGCAAUAAUGAUGUGGUCCGUAUAGUCAUGAUGGUUGUACAUGUGUUUUGUGUCACAGCGGUUCCCUCUUUGAGAAGCUUGUUUGUAUAUAUUGGUGUGUUCGCUGUGCUUUCCGCUGCGUCUUAAAGACACAGAGACAGCACUUCGGUGUGAGCAUGUGUGUACGUACUGUACGUCUGUACAAGUAGCUGCAUCUUAAGAGUGUAUGUAAUUUGUACAUAAUAGAAAAGGAGACAAAAGUAAUUGUUCAGGACUGGUUGGAUCUGGUUGCAUGGAAAUUAUUAUAAUCUAUGUUCUAUAGUUUGUUUAUCUGAGAAUUAUGAGUAUAGAACAAAGUGAAAAGAGAAGAAAUGCUGUUUACCUGGAGAAAGUGGGGAUGUUAUAAGAAAUAUUCCUGAGUAUUAUUUUUCUGUACUGAAAUGACUGGCUGUGUGACAUUAGUAUCCUCCAAGAUGCCAUUUUAUUAGAUACUCUUCUGCUGUCCAGAGAAGCCCCCCCCCCCUUUCGCCCACGUUGAUUCCCAUCAAGGCCCCAUCAUCAUUCUCUAUGCAAUCACAACUAAUGUUGCUUUGACAAACUUCUGUCAAACCCCUGAUACAUUUUUGAGGCAAAGUGGAUUUUAGUAGGAAUAACCGUGACAGGUCACAGGACUUGUAUAGAUGAUAUGUUCAUGGCAAAGAUAAUAUAUUGGGCUAUUAUAUAUAUGGUACCCUAAAACAGCUGCCAGCAAAACACACAUCACCUCAUCUGCUCAGUGAAUUUUGGCCUUGUUUUCUGUAAAUCAGUUGUUGUAUAAGCUAAUUACACUUGUCCUGAGCUGAUCUCAUCAGUUUGAAGAAGGGCAAAGAGCAGCAGAUGACGCAGAAUCUGUUUUCUUCUUUUUUUUCUUCCUGUUGCUCCUGAUGUGUUGGGAUUGUUUAGUAGAGCUUCUGAAUACGCAUUGGAUAAAGGCCACUUUAGUUAUUAACAAGAGUUUAAAUCAGAUGGAAGAUACAAAAAGUCAAGAUGCUGUGUAUGUCUGCUAUGCCUGUGCCAUGUUGCUGCUGAGAGUCGUCUUUCUUAGUUUGGAAAUAAAGAAUGUACAUUCCCAUAAACUGGA